UGAAGAUCAAUUUUCAUUAAUGAUUAAAGCUAGUUUUCAGAAUGGUCUAGUGUAAAAUCUGUUACAAGUGAAAGCCUAAAGAACGAAAGAUCUGAUAAUACAAAAAUAACCACAAAAUGUCAACUCCAGCAAGACGAAGAUUAAUGAGGGAUUUUAAAAGAUUACAGGAAGAUCCUCCAGCUGGUGUCAGUGGUGCUCCAACUGAUAAUAACAUCAUGGUGUGGAAUGCUGUUAUAUUCGGACCACAUGAUACACCAUUUGAGGAUGGUACUUUUAAAUUAACUAUAGAAUUUACCGAGGAAUACCCUAACAAACCUCCAACCGUUCGUUUUGUGUCUAAAAUGUUUCACCCCAAUGUUUAUGCAGAUGGAAGCAUAUGUUUAGACAUUUUACAAAAUCGAUGGAGUCCUACUUAUGAUGUUUCAGCCAUUUUGACAUCCAUUCAGUCAUUACUGGAUGAACCCAAUCCAAACAGCCCUGCAAAUAAUAUCGCUGCUCAGAUGUACCAAGAAAAUGUUCGAGAAUAUGAGAAGAAAGUGAAAGUUGUAGUGGAAGAAAGUUGGAUAUACAUUGGUGACCUCCAAGUAUCUUGAAACUACAUGUAUUUGAGAUAUUUUUUUCAAAAUUGAGGGUCCAAUUUGUUAUGGUCGAAGAAGGGUAUAAGUGUUUUGUGGGGACAUAAGCAGUCCAUUUUAUAUUUCGGUUGUCUAAAUGGAUCUUAAAAUUUUGUUGACUAUGUAUAGGUAAAAUAUUAUUUAUAUUACUUAUAAAAAGGUGACUGUGGGUUUUUUGUUUUUGAAUGUAUUGCUCAAAGCUUCUGUCCAAUUUUAAGUUUGUAGAAAAUUUUGUGUUUUUCUCUAAUACAUUAAAAUAGAUAUGUGGAUUAUAAUAACUUGCCAAGCCUGUAGGCGAGGUUAAUUAACAUUAAUCAGUAUGGCUUAAGUAAUAUUUGUCAAUGAUUUUAUGCUUUGAGUUAUGUAUCAUGUCAUCAAUUAUUCUAAGAAAAAUUAAAUUCACAUCACCAGGUCUAUGCAUUCUACAUCCUGUUCAUUUUUCUAAAACUAAGUUGACUGUUAAUGUUUGAAAUUCUCUUGGAUUGUGCUUGACUACACUUUCAAAUUGUGCUGGACUACACCUCCAAUUUAAUGAAAUUAUGUGCAUUGUUUUGUGUUUUUAUUUUGUAUAGUGCAAUGUCUCACUGUAGCUACGCAAUAGUUGUGACCAAAAAUUGAAAUUUUUAAACUUGGUUAAAAUGAGUCUUUGUUUAUCAGUGGACUUACUUGGUGUUAUAACUGAAUCUCUCUAUAAUCCAAUAAAUCCAUAAAACUAAGUAAUAAUUCAUUAAACUAAGCAAUUUUAAGCAAGUUUCAAUAAUUAUUUAGUUUAAUGAGAAAUCGUGUUAUAUAGAGAUUCUAUUCUUUAGUCAUGGCACCUGGUAAGUCCAACUGAUGAAUAUAUACACUUGUUGACUAAGUUUGAGACUUUAAAUUUUAUGUCCAUUCUGAGAGGUAGUAUUUCUGUAACUAGUCACAAGAGUGGUGUAGGGAAUUUAAUGAUCCUAGUCAAAUUGUUUAUUGAUGUAUUACAUUAAUUAUACUGUAACUCUGUAUGAAUUAAAACAGAAGUUGAAGACAUGUCUUUAAAUAU